UCCUUUCCUUUUUCACGUAGUAAAGAUGGCGGUACACGGCCCUGUUGUGAAAAUCCACCCGGUUGUUCUUGCUUCAAUCGCCGACUCCUAUGAGAGACGAAAUGAGGGAGCCAGUCGAGUCAUCGGGACAUUGCUAGGAACCGUCGACAAACAUUCCGUGGAAGUCACGAACUGUUUCUCUGUACCUCACAACGAGUCUGAGGAUGAGGUGGCUGUUGACAUGGAGUUCGCUAAGAACAUGUAUGAGCUUCACAAGAAGGUGUCUCCUACAGAGGUUAUCAUUGGCUGGUAUGCUACGGGGUUUGACAUAACGGAACACAGCGUGCUGAUCCAUGAGUACUACAGCAGAGAGGCGGUCAACCCCAUCCACCUGACUGUAGACACAGCACUGCAGAGCAACAAGAUGAACAUCCGAGCGUACAUCAGUGCCCAGAUGGGAGUACCAGGGAAGACAGUCGGUGUGAUGUUCACUCCCCUAACCGUCAAAUACAUCUACUAUGACACAGAGAGGAUUGGAGUGGGCCUGCUCCAGCGAACCAGGGAUGCUCCCAACCGGGCCAAGGGGUUGACAUCUGACCUGUGUCAGGUGGGAGGCGCGGCGACCCGGGUUCAGGACAUGCUAACCACAGUACUGGCCUACAUAGAGGAGGUGUUGUCUGGUAAGGUCCAGGCUGAUAACAGUGUUGGGAGGUUCCUCACAGACCUGGUCAGUAAAGUCCCUAAGAUCUCGGCUGAAGACUUUGAGAGCAUGCUCAACUCCAACAUCAAUGACCUGCUGAUGGUGACGUAUCUAGCCAACCUGACCCAGGCCCAGAUCGCCCUGAAUGAGAAAUUAGUAAUUUUGUAGGAGACCACAGCAAGUCAAUAAAAGAAAAUGCCAUCUAAA